AUGGAUGACCACUCGCGCAUCUACAUCAGCACUGCCUUCGUGGCUGGUAUCCUCCUCACUCUGGGGUUCAAGGACCUCGUCUAUCCGGAAUUGGAGCGGCGCAUCCGAGACUACUAUGAAACUAACACGCAGUCGACGUCUGCAACAACCUCCAGUGACCGUCCGGAAGAGGUUCUAAGCGCCAGACCAGGCCCCCCUGCUAUUGUAGAAGGCAUUGAGGGCUGCAUUGGGAACACGCCAUUGUUUCGAAUCAAGUCAUUGUCCGAUGCGACGGGCUGUGAGAUUCUGGGCAAAGCCGAAUUCCUCAACGGAGCCGGCCAAAGCUCCAAGGACCGCGUCGCGCUGAGCAUGAUCCAAAUAGCCGAAGAGCACGGUCUUUUGAAACCUCACUCAGGCGACACAAUCUACGAAGGUACUUCUGGUUCGACGGGAAUAUCCCUGGCCAGCUUAGCCCGAGCGAAAGGCUAUCUCGCGCACAUCUGUAUGCCGUCCGACCAAGCGAUCGAAAAGUCCAAUCUCCUCCUGAAACUCGGCGCCAUCGUGGACCGUGUCCCGCCCGCGCCAAUCGUCGAAAAAGACAAUUUCGUCAACCGUGCGCGAGCUCUGGCUCAAGCGCAAACCGCUUCGACCACGGACGGAAGGGGUUUCUUUGCCGACCAAUUCGAGAACGAGUCGAACUGGCGGGCCCAUUACAGCGGCACGGGUCCAGAGAUCUAUGCGCAGUGCAAUGGGAAACUGGACGCUUUCGUGGCGGGUGCUGGCACUGGAGGAACUAUCUCUGGCGUGGCGCUCUUCCUGAAGCCAAAAAUCCCCAACCUCCAUGUGGUGCUGGCGGACCCCCAGGGAAGUGGGCUGUACAAUCGGGUCCGGUUCGGAGUCAUGUUCGAUUACAAGGAGAAGGAGGGCACUAGGAGACGCAGACAGGUCGAUACUAUUGUCGAAGGAAUUGGGAUCAACCGUGUGACGGCGAAUUUCGAGGCGGGCAAGGAGCUGGUCAAUGACGCGGAAAGGGUGACGGACGCUCAGGCUUUGGCGAUGGCCAGGUGGCUUGUCGAGAAGGACGGCAUCUUCGUUGGCAGUAGCAGUGCCGUGAACUGUUUCGCGGCUGUGAAGACGGCACUGAAGCUUGGCCCCGGGCACCGGAUUGUCACGGUUCUGUCUGACUCCGGAUCGAGACAUCUCUCCAGAUUCUGGGCCAAGGCUGGCGAUGUUGGUGGCGCUGUCGAUACAAAGUUGGAGGAUGUUCUGAACGCCACGGAGGACGAUCAAUAG